AGCCGCUCGCAGAACAUCGUGCCCUGCACCGUGUCGCAGCUGCUGGCGGCAGAGCAGGUCGACGAGACCUUCCGGAUCUGCGACGUGGAGAUCUCGCAGGUCACCGUUGUGGGCAUCGUCCGGCACGCGGAGAAGGCGCCCACCAACAUCCUCUACAAAGUGGACGACAUGACGGCAGCCCCGAUGGACGUCAGGCAGUGGGUUGAUACUGAUGAGGCAGGAGGUGAGAAUGUUGUGGUACCUCCAGGAACUUAUGUUAAAGUAGCUGGUCACCUUCGGUCAUUCCAGAAUAAGAAGAGCUUGGUGGCAUUUAAGAUCAUGCCUCUGGAAAAUAUGAAUGAGUUCACCACACACAUACUAGAAAUCGUCAAUGCACAUAUGAUGCUCAGAAAAAAUCUUAUGUCAGCAUCAAGAGUGCCACAGUCAUUUUCCUCCACUGGGAUAAGUGACAUGGGGGGCUACGGAGGAGGUGGCAGCCUGCCAGUGAACGGGCUCACAGCAAACCAGAGCCAGGUGCUGAACUUGAUCAAAAGCUGCCAUGUCCCAGAGGGGAUGAGUCUACAAGACUUGAAGCUCCAGCUCCACAGUAUGAGUAUGUUAACGAUCAAGCAAGCUGUGGAAUUCCUCAGCAGCGAGGGACACAUCUACUCCACAGUGGAUGAUGAUCACUAUAAGUCAACAGAUGCCGAGUAAAGUUCCUUCCAUCUGAUUUUAGUUCCAAACAAAUGUUUGUCCAUGUUUCAAGAUACCUUGCUGAGCUCUGUUACAGGAAGAGUGACCUUUGCUUUGUGGGAAGUCCUGGUUACUCAGGUGAAUGCCAACUCCUUGGAAUUCAAGGACGAGCAGAUUGUGUGUGAUUCUGGUAAUUGGACCUGAUUGUAUGCUGUGACCAUGUGACAGAGCAUAAACAAACAUGGGAAAACUGAACUCCUCAAAGCUUCAGAGCUUUCACUUUGUUUUGGCUCCUUAGAGAGUGCAUGUUAAAAAGAGCCUCUUUAUUUGUCCUUUAUUUCUAGAGCUGUUUCUCCUAACCCAGCUUCCAUUCCAUUUUCUUUACAAAGUGGGUAGCCAAGAGUAAUCUUCCUCUAAUGUACAGCAAUCAUGCAGAGAUGUUUUUAUUUAGUUCAUGCAUUUAAAUCUAUAUUUGUACUAGAGCUAAUCUUGUUACUAGAACUUUUGAACUUUUCCAAUAAAAUGUUAACUUGGGGCACCUUGUA